AUGUGGGCUCUGGCGGCGUCGGGUCACGGAUUGCGAGGGCGGUCUGCUGGUGUCGGUGGACUAGCUGCGGUGGCGAUUGGCACAGCGAAGAUGGUGUGGCGCAACGAUAUGGGAGCAGAGGCGAACGGAGCGGGAGUAGCGUCGGUGGUGUUCGGUGAUGGCGAGCGAGAGAUCUAUCUGCUUACACUUGACCAAAAGAGCACAUAUCUCUCGAGAUUUUCCCAAUCCGCCGAUCCCCAGAGCCACCCAUCAUGGAGGAGCAGGCGGUGGUUCUGUAUUCUGCACCGGCCAUCGGCCACCUCACCCCCAUGGUGGAGCUGGGCAAGCUCCUCCUCACCCGCCAUCUUUCCCUCUCCAUCCACGUCCUCCUCCCCAGCCAAGCCUACGAAGGCGGCUCCAUCUCCUCCUACAUCGCCGCCGUCUCUGCCGCCCACCCUUCCAUCACCUUCCACCACCUGCCUCCCACUUCCCUCCCUCCCGACUACUCCACCACCUCCCCGCACCUCGAGACCCUCGCCCUCGAGCUCCUCCCGCCUCAACAACCCCAACGUCCACCGCGCCCUCGUCUCCAUCUCCGAGACCCACCGCGUCCGGGCCCUCGUCAUCGACUUCUUCUGCACCAACGCCCUGUCGGUCGCGCGCGGUCUCGGCAUCCCCUGCUACUACUUCUUCAGCUCGUCGGGAUGCGGCUUGACCGUCUUCCUCGGCUUGCCCGUCCUCCACAGGACCACCACCAAAAGCUUGAAGGACCUCGACGCCGACACCGUCCUCCGCUUCCCCGGCGCGCCGCCUUUGCUGCCUUCCGACAUCCCCGAACUGGUGCAAGACCGCAACGACCGGGCCUACGAGCUCUUGCUGGAGAGCGCGAUGAACAUGCUGAUAGCGUCCGGGAUUAUAUUGAACACGCUGGAGAAGCUCGAGGAGGAAACCGUGAAAGCCAUCCGGGACGGCAAAUGCGUGUCCGACGGGCCGACCCCUCCGCUUUACUGCAUAGGGCCCCUGGUCUCGAGCGGGGAUGGCGGAAAAGCCGGGAGCGGCGACGGCCCAGGUAACGACAAGCCGGAGUGCUUGACAUGGUUGGACUCGCAGCCGAGAGGAAGCGUCGUGUUCCUGAGCUUCGGGAGCCUCGGGGUGUUCUCCGCCGAGCAGCUGAAGGAGAUAGCGACGGGGCUCGAGAGGAGCGGCCACCGGUUCCUAUGGGUGAUCCGGAGCCCGGCCACCGGCAAGGGCCACAAGGCCGUCUCCACGGCGGAGCCGGACCUGGGGGCGCUUCUCCCGGAGGGGUUCCUGGAGCGGACCGCGGGGAGGGGCAUCGUCGUGAAGUCGUGGCCGCAGGUGGCGGUGUUGAACCACGGCGCGACGGGAGGGUUCGACCACUGCGGGUGGAACUCGGUGCUCGAGGCCGUGUGCGCGGGGGUGCCGAUGAUCGCGUGGCCGCUCUACGCGGAGCAGCGGCAGAACCGGGUGUUCAUGGUGGAGGCGAUGAGGGUCGCGCUGCCGAUGGAGGAGGCGGCGGGGGAGGAGCGGUCGGUGAGCGUGGCGGAGGUGGAGCGGCGGAUCCGAGGGCUGAUGGGACCGGAGGGCGAGGCCAUCAGGGAGCGGAUGCAGCAUCUCAAGAAGGAAGCGCAGGCGGCGCUCAGUCCCGGCGGGUCGGCUCAGGUCGCGUUGGCUGAGUUAGUACAGUCAUGGAACAUCGCUUGAGCUUUUUGCCUUUGUCCAUUGUUUUUUUUUUUUUUUUGCCAUUUUCCAUUUGUGUGGUUUUUUUUUAAAAAAAAAAAUCUGCUGCGAGUGGUGAAAGGCUAAAGCUGCAAUGGGUCCAUGAAAAUAUCUAUGGAGGGCACGCUGGAAAACCCUAGAAAAAAUUCUAGUAACUAGAAAAAAAUAAUGGGAUUUGAUGCUUUGCAUCUACCCUAUUUUGAUUUAAUUCUUAAACUACGUGUCACGCGAGACGUGUUCUGGUUUGAUUGGUGGGAUUCAGUUCGCAUAUG